GUAUCUCUUGCAGGAUUAUCCACUUUCACCAGUCUGAAGAAUCUCGAUCUAAGGUUAAAUCAAAUCAACAAUUUUGUGGUCUACGAAGGCUUACAAAGUACAAGCACAUUGGAGGUCCUUACUUUAGAUGAUAAUGUGAUAGAUGGGAAGAAACUAAGGGAGUCCCUACGAACUUUAUCGUCAAUCAAGAUGCUUUCUAUGCGUAGGAAUAAAUUUAAAGGAGCAGUUGUGGCUCGAGAUUUUCAUGAUUUAAAAAACCUAGAAAGUUUGAUACUAGAUGGAAGUUCUAAUCUGGAAAAUGAUUUUUUUCAAAGUAUUGGAGAUUUGACUUCUUUGAAAGUUUUGUCACUUUUCGAAUGUUACAUAAAUGGCACACUUCCUGCAGUUGAUUGGUUUAAGCUGAAUAAGCUGGAAGAGUUAGAUCUAUCCCUUAAUCACUUCGAAGGAUUACUUCCGUCGUCUUUUGUAAACAUGACAUCUCUUCGAACGCUGGAAUUAUCUGAUAAUUACUUCAUUGGAAAUUUUGCUUCUAACCUUGCAAGUCUUACUUCACUUGAAUAUUUUGGUUUCGAAGAAAACCAAUUUGAGGUACCUAUUUCUUUUACACCAUUUGCCAAUCAUUCAAAUCUUAAGUUCAUUUAUGGUGAUGGCAACAAAGUCAUCAUGGACUCAUUGUCCCCUUUGCAAAAUUGGAUUCCGAAAUUUCAAUUACAAGUACUUAGUUUGUCAUCAACAACAGACACAAAUUCUAUUCCUUUCCCCAAGUUUCUUCUUUACCAAUAUAACAUAACUAGUCUGGAUUUUACCAGUUGCAAGUUGGAUGGAGAAUUCCCUAACUGGCUGUUGAAAAAUAACACACAAUUGGAAGUCAUUAGAGUCAGAAAUUGCUCUUUUAGUGGUAAUUUUGAGCUACCAUCACGUCCUCUUCUAAAGAUAAGGAGGAUUGAUGUGUCUGAUAAUUUCAUAACUGGUCAAAUACUUGGCAGCAACAUCAGUUCAAUCUUUCCAAAUUUGAUAUUUCUGAACAUGUCUAUAAAUGACAUCCAAGGUUCAAUUCCUCGUGAAUUCAGCCAAAUGCACUUUUUGUAUACAUUGGAUCUUUCUGACAACAAUUUUUCAGGAGAAAUACCGAAUAACAUAUCUGGCGACACGCUCCAAAUUUUGAGACUUUCAAAUAAUAAGCUACAUGGACCAGUGUUUUCUACUUUAUCGACUUUGAAGUAUUUGGAAGAGUUGUAUUUGGACGGAAAUAGUCUUUCUGGAAGUAUAGAUAGUUUGGAUCUAAGCAAUAAUCAUUUAGUGGGAAAUUUACCAAGUGUGAUGGGAAACUUUUCGAAGUUGAGAGUGCUUUCAUUGUCAAACAAUAAUCUGGGAGGAUCUAUUUCAACAAGAUUUGUGGGACUGAACGCUCUGGAAUAUCUAGACAUCUCAGGAAAUAAUUUCUCUGGUUUUUUACCGUCUUUUGCUAAUUCUUUCGUGAAAUUCGACCACAUGAGCAAUAAUAGGUUUACUGGCUUGUCCAAAUCGACAUUCAGCAGAUCUUCAUUGAUGAUUCUUGACCUAAGUUACAAUAGAAUAACCAGUAAAAUUCAAGACAUGAUAUUGGAUCUUGAAAAUUCAUCAUUGAACAUUCUCAUAUUGAAAGGGAAUAACUUUUCAGGUCAUAUACCACAACAUGUAUGCCAAUUGAAAGAACUAUUUAUACUAGACCUUUCAUCUAAUAAUCUUUCUGGUUUGUUACCCAGUUGCUUGGGUAAAAUGCCUUUUGUGGACGAGAACUUUCAAGAAUUAAAUCUUAAUGGUGAUAUUUAUUCUAGGACGGUUGCAUAUCCAAAUGUGAAACAAAAGGUGAACUUUACUACAAAGAAAACAUCCUACACUUACAAAGGGGAUAUCCUUGGUUAUAUGUCUGGCAUUGAUUUAUCCAAUAACAAAUUAACUGGGAAUAUUCCAUCUGAAUUUGGAAACUUGACAAGAAUAAAAGCAUUGAACUUGUCCUACAAUGAUUUAAUUGGACAAAUUCCAGCUUCAUUUUCCAAUUUGGUACAAAAAGAGAGUUUGGAUCUUUCUUUUAACAAAUUGAGUGGUAAAAUUCCUCCUCAAAUAAGUAGAUUGUCUUUUAUUGCCGUAUUUAGUGUAGCACAUAACAACUUAACUGGUGAAACACCAGAGCGGAAAGGUCAGUUUAUUACGUUUGAUGAAAGCAGUUAUGAAGGUAAUGCUUUUCUUUGUGGACCGCCACUGCCAAGAAGUUGCAAUCCUUAUAUACAACCACAUGCUAUUUCACCAAAUAAUUCUCACACUAAUAGCGACAAUUGCAGUUUCAUUGACAUAUUUGUUUUUUGGAUAAGUUUUGGUGUGUCAUGCACAUCGACAGUCCUGGUAAUUGUAGCAACUCUCUAUAUUAAUCCUUACUGGAGACGAAGAUGGUUCUAUAAUAUAGAAUUUGUGUGUACAAAUUGUUACUACUUUAUUGAGGACAUGGUUUUGCUCAAGUUUUCAAAUAAAAGAAGUACAUAACAUGUCACCUUGUGAUAAUGAUAUGACUAAGUGAGAUGUAAAACAAUUAAGAGUUUGGAGAUUGAUAUAGGAAUGCAUUUUAUUUUA